AUGGCACAGGCAACGAGCACUACUACCACCGGUUCCCGGCAGCAGUCGGACGGGACAGGUGACGAGCUGGUGCCAACAACGCCCACGGACGAUGAGAAUCUGUUCAUCAAUCCGUCCGACGGCCUACCGAACGAGCAUCCAGCACUGCCGAGUGCUUACGAUUCCGACAGCGAAUCGAACCCCGUGGCAGAUGACGACCUGCUGGACGAUCUACCAACAUCGAUCAUCGUCACCAACAUCCACUCGGAGGUGUUUGCCGACGACGGGAUGAAGGCCAGUCUGGAGGAUCUGUUUCGCACGUUUUCCGAAAACACAACCUUUCAGUGGUUGAAAAGUUUUCGACGGUUGCGCGUCAACUACGACAGUGCGCUGGCAGCGGCAAAUGCACGCAUCCGACUGCACCAGUAUCCGUUCGGCAAGUCGAUCAUUAACUGCUAUCUAGCGCAACCGGUAACGCCGGUUUCCAACACGAACCUGAAACCACCGGCACCGGUCAAGCAGUUUCUUAUAUCGCCACCUGCAUCACCGCCGGCCGGCUGGGAACCGGCCGAGGAAGGGGAACCGCUCGUUAAUCACGAUCUGCUGGCUGCGCUGGCUAGCCUAACGCCGGGCGAAAGUCACGAAAUACACGCUCAAUCCGAGCACCAUCCGGGCAUCAUACUGCACACGGCCGCGGAGCAGUUGGAGGCGGCAGCAGCGGCUGCAGCAGAAGGUGCCGAUGAUGACGAAACGGGCGCCAAAUCUUCUAGUAUGGGCAGCAGUUUUGAGGAUGAUGAUCCGGACAAAGAGAAUUCACCGAUCGGUGGUGGAUCGAACGUGCGCAAACCACGGAUCAUGCAAACGCGCUGUCCAGAGCGCAAAAGUUCCACCUAAAUUGGAUUGCGAUUGGCAG